CCCGGCGCCGCCGCUGACGUUUCUCUCUUCCGCCUCCAGAUCUCCUGCCCGCCUGCCACGGGGAGGUGGCGACCAUGUCUUUCCUGCAAGACGUCGUGGACAUUUUGCUUCAGUACGUGGCGAAAAGUUUUGACCGAUCAACCAAAGUGAUUGAUUUCCAUUACCCAAACGAGCUGCUCCAGGAAUACAACUGGGAGCUGGCGGAUCAGCCGCAGACCUUGGAAGAGAUUUUGUUGAACUGCAGAACGACGCUGAAAUAUGCCAUUAAAACAGGGCAUCCUAGAUAUUUCAAUCAACUGUCAACUGGAUUGGACAUGGUUGGAUUAGCUGCAGACUGGCUAACGUCAGCUGCAAAUACUAACAUGUUCACCUAUGAAAUUGCUCCAGUGUUUGUACUUUUGGAAUAUGUCACACUCAGGAAAAUGAGAGAAAUGCUUGGCUGGCCAGGUGGCUGUGGCGAUGGGAUAUUUUCACCUGGUGGUGCCAUAUCUAACAUGUAUGCUAUGUUGAUUGCACGUUUCAAGAUGUUCCCAGAAGUUAAAGAGAAAGGAAUGGCAGCUAUUCCCAGACUGGUUGCCUUCACAUCAGAACAUAGUCACUUUUCUGUGAAAAAAGGAGCCGCAGCUUUGGGAAUUGGUACAGAUAGUGUCGUUCUGAUUAGAUGUGAUGAAAGGGGGAAAAUGAUCCCAUCAGACCUUGAAAGAAGAAUUCUUGAAGCUAAACAAAAAGGAUUUGUUCCUUUCUUAGUGAGUGCCACAGCAGGAACAACAGUGUAUGGUGCAUUUGAUCCCCUCAUUGCUAUUGCAGAUAUCUGCAAGAAAUACAAAAUCUGGAUGCAUGUGGAUGCAGCAUGGGGUGGUGGGCUGCUGAUGUCCAGGAAACAUAAAUGGAAAUUAAACGGUGUUGAAAGGGCCAAUUCUGUGACAUGGAAUCCACACAAGAUGAUGGGCGUCCCAUUGCAGUGUUCCGCCCUGUUAGUUAGAGAAGAGGGAUUGAUGCAGAGCUGCAAUCAAAUGCAUGCUUCCUACCUCUUUCAACAAGAUAAACACUAUGAUUUGUCCUAUGACACUGGAGACAAGGCUUUACAGUGUGGACGUCAUGUUGAUGUCUUCAAGCUAUGGCUGAUGUGGAGAGCAAAGGGAACUAUAGGAUUUGAAGCACAGGUUGACAAGUGCUUGGAACUUGCAGAAUAUCUAUAUAAUAAAAUAAAGAACAGAGAAGGUUAUGAAAUGGUGUUUGAUGGAAAGCCCCAGCACACAAAUGUCUGCUUCUGGUACAUACCUCCCAGUCUACGAGACAUGGAAGACAAUGAAGAAAGAAUGAAUCGUCUAAUGAAGGUAGCUCCAGUGAUAAAAGCCAGAAUGAUGGAAUAUGGAACUACAAUGGUGAGCUAUCAGCCACUGGGAGACAAAGUGAACUUCUUUCGGAUGGUCAUCUCAAACCCAGCAGCGAGUCAUCAAGACAUUGAUUUCCUGAUUGAGGAAAUAGAACGUCUGGGACAAGAUUUAUAAUAUUCUGAUCUGAAAGGCUGUUCCAGAAUAUUUAGGUAGACAAUUAAGUUGUCACAAACUGUGCGAAUGUAUUUGUAGUUUGUUCCAAAGUAAAUCUAUUUCUAUAUUGUGGCGUCCGAGUAAAGUACAGUUUAAAAUCAAGCAACAUGGCUCCUUUCAAAAUCCUAUCUUGAGUUUUAGAAUACCUCUUCAAUAAUUAGCUAUAAAAAGGCUGCAUUCAAACAGAUAAAGAAUAACAGAAGAGACUUGAAAUAUUUUCCCCAAAUUUUAAUACAAUUAGUAAAUAAUUAUUUUAGGUUAAAAGUAGAUUGAAUGAUGCCAAAUUUGCCCCUAAAUAGCAACAAAAUCAAAUUUGGGGGGCAAUUAGAAGCAUAAAGUCCGCAAACUGUGUGUUUAAAAGUGAAAAGUUUGCCUUUUUCAUAGUAUUAGAACAGAAUUUCUAAUUUACCUAUAGCAACACUUCAAAUGUAUUUAAAUAGGUAUAAUUUUACAAAAGGAAUAUAUAUAUAUAUUAAAAAAGCCUAUUUUGUAAACUAUAGAUUUUUAUUUUAUAUGGGUUAUAAAAACUUCAGGGGCAGAAACUGAAAACUAAAUAAGAUUUUUUUUUCUUUUUGAUCAAAGUACAUCAAAUAGUUAGCCAUGCUUAUUUUAAAAAACAUAAGCCCACAUAAAUUCUUAAAAGAUACUGAUGCCUCAUUCUACAUGCUACAUGGAUAGUACAUUUCCCAGGUUUAUUACUGAAAACCUCAAGAGUACUCCAGCUCUUUAAAACACUUAAUCAGAUCAAUUACAGUACAAUAAUAAGAUGCUAUUAUUCUUAAUUAUAUUUCCGAUAUGGCCUAACUAAACAGAUGCACAAUCAAUUUGCAGUGCUAACCAAAACCGAAUUAAGAUUAUUUUUGGAUGGUUUCUUUCUUCUGUUUAAAAAACAAUCUACUGCAAAAGGGCCACAUUGGAUGUGUCUACAUGAGAUGCCCACUGCACAGUUGUUACUGCACAGUCAUUUAGUACUUGCA